AAUAGUUGAUAUCCUCCGGUUCGGGUCAGAUCCUGGCGUGGCGGUGGCGGUAAUCCCCGACAAAAUCGCACACAAACACACACUAGUUAUUCUGAUCAUACCCAGAUAGGACUCUCGCUCUUCUCUCUCUCAAGCUGUGAUCUGGAUGCUGGUGUUAUUUUCCUGAUUGACAUGUAGAUAACUAGUGUCGAACCUUUUAUUUCCAAAGAUGUAGGAUGCGGGGACAUGGUUAGAAAGAGUCCAAAUAUCGGACACGGUGAACUUGGGGUUGAUUUUUACUUAUAUACUAGAGAUCAAAUCUUGAAGAUGAAUAUGGAGCCAGUUGUACAACCCAGAUCUUCCAAUGGAUAUGGCCGUCGUAAAAAUGAAAGAGAUAUUGUGACAAAGUUUGAUAGUAAGUUCCAGGCUGGGAAAACAAAUUCUACCAGGUUGACCAGUGCAGUUAAAGGAGGAGGGCUUGAAUCAUCUUCACGUGAUCGACUGAUAUAUCUAACUACAUGCCUAAUUGGACAUCAAGUGGACGUCCAGGUGUUGGACGGAUCUGUGUUUUCUGGAAUAUUUCAUGCAAUAAAUGCUGACAAGGAUUUUGGAAUUAUUCUGAAAUUGGCACACUUAAUAAAAGAUGGUUCUCAAGGGCAGAAGAAUAUUUUUGAUUCUGUUAAUGAGACUCCAAGGACUUUGAUCAUAUCGGCCAAGGAGCUGGUGCAAGUGAUAGCGAAGGGUGUGCCUGUAACUAGGGAUGGGUUAACAACUGAGCUACAGUAUGAUGAGCAGCAGGAGCUUAUGACAGAUUCCUGCAUAUCAAAGUCCCGGUAUAUUGACUUGGGCAGAGAAUUGGAGCCCUGGGUCCCCGAUGCAGAUGAUCCUGGAUGUCCAGAAUUGGAGAAUACAUUUGAUGGCCCUUGGAAUAGAGGCUGGAAUCAAUUUGAAGCAAAUGAAGCCUUAUUUGGAGUGAAAAGCACCUUUGAUGAGGAACUUUACACGACAAAGCUUGACAAAGGCCCUCAGAUGAGAGAGUUGGAAAGAGAAGCCAAAAGAAUAGCUAGAGAGAUUGAGAGCCAGGAAACCCACGAUCUUCAUCUGGCCGAGGAAAGAGGUAUUCAGCUCAGUGGAAAUCUGGAAAUUGACGAGGAAACCAGAUUCUCAUCAGUCUAUAGGGCGGUUGAUGACAGUCAGUAUGAUGAGAUUGAGGACAUAUCGUUGGAUUCUCAAAAUGAUGAAACAUUUGGAGACGUUUCUGGUUCUGUCACUGGCAAAUCUUUCACAGACUUGGGCACUGGGAAAAUCAAUUUUGAAUCUCAAAUGUCUUCUAGAUCUUCUUUGAAGGAUGAUGUACAACCUUCUCAGAAUAAUACCAGCAAAGAAUUGUGUCAUUCUGGUUUUGAGGAUGAUAUUGGAUUGCUUUCAACUGACCUGCUUCCUAAAAUUUCCCCUGCUAUCGAUGCUAGCAGGCUUCAAGAUGACCAGUCAACUGAACGGGUUGAUAGUACUUGCAGUAAGGAGAAUAUACGAAAGCCUAUGCUACCUGAUCAAACUGAAGUGUCAAAAGCUGAUGAUAUGCAGUUGUCAUCGAGAAAUGAGAAAGAAAGUUCUGAUCAAGGUGGAUUGUCUCCAAAUGGUACAGCCUCUAAUCCGUCACAUGCUCCAUCCAAGGGUCAGGAAAAGGCAAGUUCAUCCAAUGAGUUGUCCCAGGGUGCAGUACCUUCCAAAACUCAAGGGACAGUAACUUCUCAUGCCCGUCCCAGUAGUUCUGCAUCUUCAACUUCUGAUCGCGGAGGUGCCACAUCAACUGCUGGUCGUGGAUUAUCACCAAGUUCAUCCAUGGGUUCAUUGUCCUCGGAGAAAUCGACACUGAAUCCAUUUGCUAAGGAAUUUAAAUUCAACCCCAACGCAAAGAGCUUCAUACCAUCUCAGACUCCUUUAAGAUCUGCUUCUCCUGUUGCUUCUGAUGGAUCCUUCUACUAUCCAGCUAACAUGGCUUCUCUAUCGCAGAUGCAUGGCAUGCCUGUUAAUAUUGGGAUUGGACCCUCAUUUACUGCCCAGCAGCCCAUUAUGUUCAAUCCACAGGGUGCACAAAUGCCACAACAGUAUUUUCAUACAAACGGACCUCAGUACGGGCAGCAGAUGAUAAUUGGGCAGCCUCGGCAAGUCUUGUACAUGCCAACAUAUCCCCCAGAAAUGCCGUACAAAGGAAGAAACUUUUAGACUGAUUGGCACUCUAUUUUCAGCAGUCCUGCCAUGACUGAUAGAAAAUAAAUUUCUGACAGUGAGCCGCUUGGAAACAAUUUUGGGAAGAGCUGAGCAGCUGAUAAAUAUCCAAUGGCUCUGGAAGCCUUUAUCUGCCCAGAUACAAUUUGUUCCUUCAGGCAAUGGCAACACACUCUUGUAAGCCGGUGGACAAUCCUUGUUCAUCUUAAUGUUCUAACAUAGAGUACUCUUUUUUAUUGCUCUCUUGUUAUUGUUAUCCUUUGUUUUAAUAUUUGUGGAAUUAUCCGGUUAAUACC